CAUGACCACUUUCUUCGGCUUAACGAUAUCCAGAGCCUGACGCUACUGGCGUUGACACUCUACAGCCUUGAUGUUGCGCUGACGCCGCCUGCAUUACUCCUUCCUCAAGCUUCGGCAUAUCCAGCAAGUCACACUAUCCUCCAUGCUCAACACCCGAACACUCUUACUGCCGGCUCUGGGUCCUGGCUCAGUCAACCUUCAACUCAGAGUCAAUCUGUUUCCAAAACUUGUCUUGGCGUCUCAAAUUCUGGUGGUGGAGUACGCUUUGCCUCCAGCACUAGUGGCGAAAAUAUCGGUUGUAUCACGGAUAGCGCAGUAUGUGCCCCACCCUCCGCGUUCCUAUUCAGACGUCCAGCAACAGCGGAAACGGGAGAUGAAAGAAGAAGAAGAAGAAGAAGAAGAGACGAGAGUGAGGGCUGUAGUGGAAGUGAGGCUGAUGGCUCUUAUGACGUCCGCCAAACUAAGCCGGUCAAAGUGAGCAUUCCAGUAAGCCAAGAAGCACUAACUAGAGAAGGGAACCUUAGCGUGUGCCUAGGUUCUGCGCUAAAUGCCAGCGAGGGUAGUGGCGAAGACUUGGUUCCACGCCUGACUCCUCUCACUGAAAUCGCCUUUUCUUGA